UCCAGUUUCCAACGGCAUUCAAUCGUGUCGCGGAUUGACUGUUGCAAGACUCGGUAUGUGGCGCACGAGUAUGCGUCUCGGGAUGUAACUGCUGUCUCUCGGAGUAGCGAUACUGAAUUAAAUAUUUACUAACGGGGGGGCACAGAGGACAGGAUACGGAGGGAAAGCAGGCACCGACUGACUGAGGGAGUUUUACGACAGCACGGAGCGGAGGAAGACACGGGAGCGCGGCUGGAGGGACGCUCGAGCAAAUCCAACCGACACCGCACGCAGAAAUGGCGGAGCACCACGCAGCCAGCGACGGCAAGCACAAAGCGUCCACCAAUGCCGGGGGCUCGGUGCACGGGAACAGCCGACCCGGCGCCGCGGGUGGAGGAGGGGGCAAAGGAGGCCUGUCUGGCGGACUGACACAGCCAGCAGGGUGGCAGUCUUUACUCUCCUUUAGCAUCCUUUUUCUGGCCUGCCUGGCUGGAUUCAGCUCCAGACUUUUCGCGGUGAUCCGGUUCGAGAGCAUCAUUCACGAGUUUGAUCCCUGGUUUAACUACAGAUCAACACACCAUCUCACCACAAAUGGCUUCUACGAGUUUCUCAACUGGUUUGAUGAAAGAGCCUGGUACCCCUUGGGCAGGAUUGUUGGUGGCACAGUAUAUCCAGGGUUAAUGGUGACUGCGGGCCUCAUCCACUAUGUGCUCAACCUGCUCCACAUCACGGUCCACAUCCGCGAUGUGUGCGUCUUUCUGGCACCCGUGUUCAGUGGUCUGACCGCCAUCUCCACCUUCCUGCUGACACGAGAGCUGUGGAACCAGGGUGCAGGACUGCUGGCGGCCUGCUUCAUUGCCAUCGUCCCGGGCUAUAUCUCCCGCUCUGUUGCCGGCUCUUUCGACAAUGAGGGCAUCGCCAUCUUCGCCCUGCAGUUCACCUACUAUCUAUGGGUGAAAUCAGUGAAGACAGGCUCAGUAUUUUGGACUAUUGGCUGUUGUCUCUCCUAUUUCUAUAUGGUGUCAGCAUGGGGAGGUUAUGUGUUUAUUAUCAACUUGAUUCCCCUGCAUGUGUUUGUGCUGCUGCUGAUGCAACGCUACAGCAGAAGAGUCUACAUUGCUUACAGCACUUUCUACAUUGUGGGUCUCAUACUGUCGAUGCAGAUCCCUUUCGUUGGCUUCCAGCCAAUCAGGACGAGCGAGCACAUGGCUGCUGCCGGUGUGUUUGCACUCCUCCAAGCCUAUGCCUUCCUGCAGUACCUGAAGGACAGGCUGACCAAACAGGAAUUCCAGACACUUUUCUUCCUCGGAGUCUCUCUCGCUGCUGGCGUGGUCUUCCUCACAGUGAUCUAUCUCACGUACACAGGAUACAUCGCUCCUUGGAGUGGUCGUUUCUACUCUCUCUGGGACACCGGCUAUGCUAAGAUCCACAUCCCCAUCAUAGCGUCCGUGUCGGAGCACCAGCCGACGACGUGGGUCUCCUUCUUCUUUGACCUCCACAUCCUGGUCUGCACAUUUCCAGCAGGCCUCUGGUUCUGCAUCAAGAACAUCAAUGACGAACGAGUGUUCGUGGCCUUGUACGCCAUCAGUGCAGUGUAUUUCGCUGGUGUGAUGGUGCGUCUGAUGCUGACGCUGACUCCGGUGGUGUGCAUGCUGUCGGCGGUGGCUUUCUCCAGCGUAUUCGAACACUACAUGGGAGACGACACAAAGAGGGAGAAACCCCCCGCCGAGGACAGCAGCGACGAGGAUGACAAGAGGAACUCAGGGAAUCUCUAUGAUAAGGCUGGCAAGGUGCGAAAACAUGUGUCAGAACAGGAGAAAGCAGAGGAGGGUUUGGGUCCGAACAUCAAGUCCAUAGUCACCAUGCUCAUGUUGAUGCUGCUGAUGAUGUUCGCCGUCCACUGUACCUGGGUCACCAGCAACGCCUACUCCAGUCCCAGCGUGGUGCUCGCCUCAUACAACCAUGACGGCACACGUAACAUCCUGGAUGACUUCAGGGAGGCCUACUACUGGUUGAGACAGAACACAGACGAGCACGCGCGCGUCAUGUCGUGGUGGGAUUACGGUUACCAAAUAGCAGGGAUGGCCAACAGGACCACGCUAGUAGAUAAUAACACAUGGAACAACAGUCACAUAGCACUGGUGGGGAAAGCCAUGUCGUCCAACGAAAGCGCGGCCUACAAAAUCAUGAGGUCGCUGGACGUGGACUACGUCCUGAUCAUCUUCGGAGGUGUGAUAGGCUACUCGGGCGACGAUAUAAACAAGUUCCUGUGGAUGGUGAGGAUAGCGGAGGGAGAGCAUCCUAAGGACAUCAGGGAGAGUGACUACUUCACCCCUCAGGGAGAAUUCAGGGUGGACAAGGCCGGUUCACCGACUCUGCUCAACUGCCUCAUGUACAAGAUGUCUUAUUACCGAUUUGGUGAAAUGCAGCUGGACUUCCGGACACCGCCUGGCUUCGACCGGACGCGCAACGCCGAGAUUGGCAACAAGGAUAUUAAGUUCAAGCACCUGGAGGAGGCUUUCACCUCAGAGCACUGGCUGGUCCGGAUCUACAAGGUCAAGAACCUGGACAACAGAGAGCCGCUGGACCACAAGCUUCGCAGCGUAGUGCCCAAGCAGAAGUACACCUCCAAAAAGACUGCCAAGAGGAAGCGAGGACACAUCAAGAACAAGCUCGCCCUGAGGAAAGGCAAGAAACUGCAAAAAAAAUAAUGAUGACGAACUCCUCUAGGAAAACAAACAAAUAAAUGCGAAGAAACCUCUUAACAACCAAUGAAGAAGAACACAACAGGGGCCAUUUAUCUGGCACUUGGUAUCAAGCGCUUCUCUUUAGAGCGCCCCCGUGUGUUGAGGAAGUUGAAGUGUCAUAUCUGGCUCGCUCCAGGACUGUUGUCUGUUUUAUCCUGAGGACCUUUGUCUUGCUUAAUUUCUCCUGUUUCGUUUUUUUUUUUUGUUUUUGUUUUUUUGUUUUUUACUUUAUAUUUGAAUGUGUGGCAAGGCAUAGGGCUGCUCUACUUGGUUCAGCGUCGAUUUAAUUUUUGUGGUACAUUAAUUAACUGCUUAUCAGUACGGGGAUCGGGUGAAGGGGGAAGAGAAAUAAGACUAGGAACAUUUUGCACCAAAGACCCAUUGACCUGACCUUGCUCCAUGGCACAUGUGAACUCAUUAAUGAGAGUGAGGAAGCGCAGGAGUGAAAGCUGAGGACUUGUUCCUGACACGUGUACAGAGGACAGUAUGCGGUAUGGAGGAACGUCACUGUCUAGGCACAGCCCACCUGUAAUAUUAACCUUUUUAUCAUCACCAUCUCCUUUAUGUCUGCCUGGCUCCCUGUCUUUCUUUUACAACAAAUUCUUUAGAAAAAAAAUUGGCCUACUAUGUAAAUAUGUUAUGUAAAGAAAAUGACUAAAAGGAUUAUAAUA